AUGUUUACUUUUCAAACAAUAAUAGUGUCAUUGAUUAUAUUGAACUUUAUCAAUAUUAUAUCUACUGGAAUAUCACCAGUUCACGAUCUUAGAGAAAAAGUUAAUUCACAAUUAAUAGGUGAAAGAUUUUUAUUAAAUUCUCCUUAUAAGGUCUUAAAACAUUUAGAUAAUUCUAUACUAAAAGCAACUAAAAAUGUAACUCAAAAUCAAAGAAUGGAAGAAGAUCUUUAUCAAAUUUCUAAAGACCUCGUUUCAGCUAUUCUUUCAAAGUUAGAAAUCCAAGACAAGUUGACUAGAAUUACCAGAGAGGCAUUGGAGGCACCUGGUAAAAAUAAAGGUAUCACAGCGAUAGAAACAAGACGUAUUUUAGAUUACUUAUCUAGAACAUUAUCAAGUCAUAUGCUUAGUAUAACAAAACUAUCAACGGAACCUGAAUUACAUCGUUUAGUAUAUGGAUUGGCCCAAAUUGCUGCUGAAAUAUCAAUAGUGUCUGCAUUAAAAGACAUUACAUAUGCAACGGCCUUAUCUAAAAGACAAUCUGUAGAUUUAUCACUUCGUAAAAAAAGAGCAGUGGUAACAGAAGACAAGUUAAGUACACGCGCACCUAUAAAUUACAAUAAUCCUACAGUUUACAAUAUUCUGUUGAAUAGAACUGCAGUUAAUAAUAAUUAUAAACAAGUCAAUUUGACCUCCAUACUUAAUAACAUAAAUAAUUUAUCUCCGUAUUCUAUUAUUCCUAAAAACAAUCAAAAAGUAGUUCAAAUAUUAAAUAAUAAGCAUUCAGUACCAAUUGCAGUAAAAGGAUUUUUAAAUCAAACUGUUUUAGAUUUAGACAAUAGCGAAUUCAGUAUAAAUGAAACUGAAAGAAUAGUUUUAGAUAAAACAAUUAAUGGCACUCAUUUUGCAACUUCUGACAGCCACACUUUGGAUACUCAGGAGCUAAAUGCACCCGGUCUAAUGGAUGAUUGGCUUGAUCCUAAAGAUAAUACAUAUAGAGCAGCACAGAAUUCCGAUAUUGCUGCAGAAAUGGAGUUUGAUCAAGUUGAAGUAGAAAAUGAGUCAAUGAGUGAAAAGAAAGCUAAACAGAAAUUAGAAAAGUUAGAAGUUAGGGCUAAAAAGGCUAUUUUAUAUGCUGGUGAUGUUGCAUAUUUAACAGCAGCGAGUGUAGUUGCGAUGAGGCGAGCUCUAACUGCCUCAAUAGAAGUUCAAAUGUCUGUAAAAUUGGCUAAAACUGGAAUGACAAGUCAUCAGGAUUUAAUGAUGAAUUUGGCAAAAACUGCCGCACAACAAGCUGGGAAGGAAGCCAAAAGUGCAACUUCGAAGUCUCUUGCAUGUGAACGUGUCAUUAAAUUGGCAUUGAAGUAUACAGCGCAAUCGCAUGGCGCCAAACUGAAUCAUGUCGCAAACAGGAUAGUCAUGGAUACCUUAUCUCUGGCAACACUCGCAAAAUCUAUGGCGUUUGUGUCAUCAGACAUUGCAAUUAAUUCUCUUUAUCAAGCGACAGAUGUUAAGCCUCCGACGCAGUAA